AUGGGCACUCUUGGGCUUGGCCUAAGGCUUCUUGACUUUGACUCCAUCCAAGAAGUCCUAGAUGAGGUCCAAUGCACCGUGGUCUCGGCCGUAGCCAAUCACUACUUCGAUGCCUACGUGUUAUCCGAGUCCAGCCUCUUCGUCUACCCUACCAAGAUCAUCAUCAAGACCUGUGGGACCACCCAGCUCCUCAAAUCCAUCCCUCCCCUCCUCCGCCACGCGUCGCUCGAUCUCGGCCUCACCCUCUCCUCCUGUCGCUACACCCGCGGGAACUUUAUCUUCCCCAGAGCCCAGCCUUUUCCAUACACCAACUUCCAAAACGAGGUCGUUUACUUGGAAGAGUCUCUCCCCGCUGCUCUCUGCUACCGCAAGGCCUCCGUCAUGCCCUCCAAAACCCCCUCGCAUGCCUGGCACGUGUUCUCCGCGUCCACCCAGAACAUGACGUGUCCUUUCGGAGACAGCGACGACGACGAUUUGUACACCCUCGAAAUCUGCAUGACCGAGCUCGACCGCGACCUCGCCCGCAACUUCUUCCGCCGUCCCGGCGACGACAAGAACGGCGAUUCCGCCGGCAAAGAGAUGACGGAGCUCACGGGGAUUUCCCAAAUUAACCCUAGGGCUCUGAUCUGCGACUUCGCAUUCGACCCGUGCGGCUACUCCAUGAACGGGAUCGACGGGGAUCGCCACUCCACGAUCCACGUCACCCCGGAAGACGGCUACAGCUACGCGAGCUUCGAGUGCGUUGGGUCGGUCUACGACGACCGCGAAGACGUCGUUCGGAUGCUGAAGAAGGUCGUCCAGGUCUUCCGGCCGGCGACAAUGUCCGUGUCGACCACGUGCGCGAGCUACGAGGUGUGGACACGCGUCGCGGGGGCAUUGGAGCCGCUGGGGUUCAAGUGCCGGAGCUGCGCCGCAGAUGAGUUCCCAGCUGCCGGAACCGUCGUGUAUCAAACGUUCGUGGAUCGCCGGAGUAAUAAUUACAAUAAUAAAUCGUAA